AUGUUGAUUUCACAACAGCAACAACGCGUGGGUGCAAUUAGUUCAAUCAUGGAAGGGGAACAACAUAGUAGUGAUACCAACGCCGAUGAGUUUGAAUUACUUUUUGAUCCUGAAUUUGCCGAAUGGCUGGAAAACGAUGAUGAAUUUAUGAAGUCGAUGGAUCUGCUUGCAAAUGUAGAGGAUGAUUCUGCAGACCAAAUCCUGCAUUGCCAAAAAUGUGAGAAAACAUUCAAGACAAAACGUGGACUACUGCGGCAUGAAAAAACAGCGCACUCUGCUCCAAAUGAAGAAACCCAUAAGAGGAAACUCUGUCAUCCAUUGGAAAUAAAGAGAAUUGCCAAUGAAGCUGGGAAAAAACUAGCUGCUGACAAAUGCUUUCCAGAGCUAAUCCGAUCCAACUUCAGCUCCUUUAGUAUUACCAACGAAGAAUGCCUAAUUUUGAAAGAUCUAUUUUCAUCUGCUAUAGAUGUUUUCAAUGGGGACCUACAAAAGUUCUGUUCCACAACUUAUUCUAAGUUUUCUUCUAGAGAAGUUAAGACUCUCGGAGCACUGAGUGAAUUUGAAACCACUUUAUUGCUUACUGAAAUUUUAAAUCUUUAUCUUUCACACCUUGCUGGCAGUGCUAAUGAAGUUAAUAUACCAUUAAAGAAGAUAUCUGCAAAAGAAGUAGAGAGUUUGGAAUACUUGGCAGGAUACUGUUUUAGAAAGACAUACUUCAAGUUAAGAAGCAGUAGAACUAAACAUUUAGAAGCAACUGAGCAGUCUCUUGCAAUUAUCAAUGCUGCAAAAACAGAUGAACCCCAGUCCUUUGUUGACUUGAAAAACAACACUGGUCUUUGGAAGGUAAACAGACAUGCUACUGCAUUACUUCGUCAAGUAGAAAUGGUCUUUAGAAAACAAGCAGGACUGUCUUUGCAUUCUGUAAAUGCAGAUGAAAUUAUUGAAAUUUCAAUGGUCAACCCAGUUGUCAAAUCUUGUAUGACUUCAAUGUCCUGGAAUACAGAUUAUUUAGACAUUGAUGAGGAGAUUGUGCAAAAUGUAUUUCACUUGAUCAUCAAGUUGUAUGUGAAUGUACGUGCACAUUCAUUUGCAAAGGACAUACGGGAAAAACACAAAUCAAGAAAGAAGGCAAACAGAAAAAAGUCAUUAAGAGUUGAAUUGAAGAGGACAAAUGAUGGUAUAAAUGUGUAGCAUCCUUAACAUGAAUACUUUAAAGGCAUAUUUUAAACAGUGACAUUAUAUGUUAAACAAUCAAAUUAACUAAGUUCAUUUUUGCUAUAUAGAAACGUUAAAUCACUACAUUGAAAUGUUAAAUCAAAAAAGAAUAUAAGGUUUAAAAUUUACUUAUUGUCUCAAGUUCAGUGUUUUUCAUUUUCUUUUUCUUUUUGGUAAUGGCUCAGUGGAAAUAGCAUUGAACUUUGAUGCAGCAUGAGUAACAUUACCUGCUAUUGGUACAAUGCUGAACUGGCUCUUGAUUAUGUUGUCAUUAUAGCCAACACUCUGAAGAUUGGGGUUAUCUCUUCUUUGACCCAUGGACCUUUGCCUCCCAAAGUAGUUUUCUAAAUCAUCUUGACAGAAGCGCUCUGUUAAAACAUAAUGAGCUCCCUUUGACAAUAGAAAUCUUGUUGCCUCGAUCACUGAGUGUACAGAUCUUUGAAGACCGUUGUAUGUUUGUCGUGAAAUAAACAUUGCUUGCUUUUCAGACUUAGAAUAUUGUCCCUCUCUGUUUUCAAUUGAUUUCUUCCAGUCAGCAAAAAACUUUAAGAAAACAUUUUCUAGCCAUGAAAAUCUUUCAUCAUCUUCAGAUUCGAAUGGUUUUAAAAACUUUUUCCCUUUCUGCAAAUGCUCUUGCUUGUUGCGGACAUUGAAACAGUCAAAAAAGUUAUCCAUCAGGGAACAAAACUCAGCUGUGCCUUUUGCAUCACUAGAGCCAUAUUCACCAAGAACCUUGGCCACAGUUGAGCUCAGAAUUUGUACAGCAAGCCUUACUCUCAUAGCAGAGUAAGGUGUUAGGUUGAUAUGCUCAUAGGUAAGACGAGGCAAUAAUUUCAACCCAAAUUCAAGCUCUUCAUAAUAUAGCUUACUUAUGUGGCUCCAAAGAAUGUGAAUGCCACUGUUCCAAAGAAACCUUGAUGAUUUGUUUGAGCCUGAAUUUGCUAGGUUGUUGCGAGCAGUCUUCAUAAGAUGGGGGGCAUCAUUGAAGAAAAAGACAAAUCUGUCUGGUGCAUAAAUAUUCUUGACACCAUAAACAACACCAUUCUGUGCUUUACCAUCCAUUUGUUUGUGCAUGUGAAAAAAUGAAUGAUUAGAAGAUGCACCAUCUCCAACUGCUCCUAUUACACAUAAAUUACAUGCGGCUUCAAGGAUGCCAACUGCUCGCCGAAACAACAGAAAAAGCUGAGCUGAAGUGACCCCUGUUGUUGCAAAUGUUGCAAAACUAUAUGACAGUGGGUUUACAACGCUUUUCACAAGGAAAACUAGCACAUGAGUUGCAACUUCAUCAACUGUUUUUAGGGUUCCAAAGUUGACUUCAGGGUCACCCAAAUCAACAAACCCUAUCAAUUCUCCUGAAUUUUUGUCCCAUACAAGAUCUUCUUGUAUCUUCAUUUCAUCAAAGCAAAUUAUGAUGUAUCUUUCAACAUUUGUAAAUUCUCUUGUUCCUUUCUCCAACUGACUGACGACAGCAUCAUUAAAACCUCUUUUUGGGUGAAUGUAAUGUCUAUAGUCUCUGAGUGUACGGAGGCUUGGAAGAAUUAGCACACCACUUCCAUGUUUUUCAUCAAACCUCAUUUCCUUAUAGGCAGAUGUAGACUUUGCAGCAAGUGCCAAGCAAUACUUAAUAAUCAUUGGAUGGUAUCUAACUUGGCUUGGUCUUUGCUGCAAAUAUUUCUGUUGCUCUUCCCAGAAAAGUUUCAUAAAGGGGGGUAUAUUUCUGUUAUUGCAAGAUCUGAAUAAUUCUUUCAAAUCAUCUCCAAGGUCAUUGCUUACAGGCUUUGCCUUGGUGUCAAUUUCUCUCUUCAUCUCCUCAAGCCGCAAUUCAAGUUGCUUGCAUUUUAUCCUGUUUUCCUGGAGAGCUAAUUUGAUGCGUACUGGAUGAGUUGCUGAUAAGGGUGCCUUGAGUUUUGCAGCAGAACAUUUUGUGUCAUCUUUUCUCUUUUUCUGUUUUGCUUCAUACUGCUCUUUUGAUUUGCAUGGUAAGCAUUGACCCUCAUCUUGUAGCAAAACUUCACAAGAUGUUGCACGCAGGUACUCCUGCUGCUUCAAAGGUGUCUCUACCAUUGACGAAGACAUACAGGAAACAACCAUGGGAACAACAUGAUGGAUCAUACUUUUGUUUUGAUACUCAAAGCCAAUUCUUGUGUUAAUUCCUGAGCAAAGUACUGCUGUUUGAAGAUCUUUCAUAAGAGUUGAUAGAGUUAAAUUUUUGAAAGUACAUCCUGAUUGUUUCAGAAAACUGCAACUUGGCUUUAACAACCACCCGAACACACGUACAGCAAAGCUUAGAUUCUCCUCUACUACAAUUUCAAAUUUUGGAACGGUAUACUGAAUGUCCUUUUUUGCAAUAUAGCAGCUGUUGGUGCUAGCUUUAAUCUCAAUAUCCAAUUUCAAAUCACCCACUCUUUUAAUAAAUUGUUUGAAAUCUGUGUAACAUGGAGCUGCUGUUGAAUGAGAUGAAAAACGCAAAAUUUCACGCUUGGCAAUCUGGCUUUCUGACCUACAUCCUUGUGGCUGAUUUGGCAGACUUUUUUCUGGUAAAUUCACUGUCGGAAUAGCACCUUCUUUAAGUGUUUUGCGAUUAUUAUCUAAAAAGAGACGUACAAUCAAAAAGCAAAUAGAUAAUAAAAAUUUAUAAAAUUUGUGAACUUCUAUUGUGUUCUAAUUUGUUCAUAUUUCCACGCUGCAAUUUAAAUCUAAAUGAAUUUAUAAAUGACAUAUGGAAAUAUCAAUGAUUGAUAUUCAUUAAAACAACUACAUUCACAGAGGCUGACUGUCUUGUCAAAAACGAUUUUUGAGCAAGCAUAAUUUUAGUACCUUUUCAAACAUAUAAAUACAUAGCACUUAGGAGGCUCGAUCACCUCUUGUUAUUGUCGAAAACGCGUUUCUACUAUUUUCUUUUGCCUUCGUGAGAAUUUUUUCCGAAAGCCCCCUUUUCUAGCACAACAUUCCUGAACAGACAAAACUAGUUGCAUAAUUCUUUACCACACAAUUCUGGUUAUUAUCAUCUUUGACGCGUGUGCAAUAACGAAUAUUCGUGCCUUUAAUAGACAUUCGAACUAUACUCACAAUAAUAGAGUUGAUCUGGUCUGAAGUGUUGUUCGCAGAUGUAGACACGAUCUUCUCUUAUUUGUUCUCGUAGGCCAACAUCAAUAACUCGAUCUCUUGUGAUGACGUUCAAAAUUUCAUUUCUCCAUCGCUUUGUUUCAUCGUCCACAGCUUUAGGAAGCUUAAAGAUCAAUAUUUCCUUGUAUUUUUUCGUUCGACACGCUCCACAACCAUAAAUCGCGCAAUUACUUCCAGGCAUACUUUACAGUUUACAACAUCAUCGCGAAAAGCAAACAAAACCUGAUUGCACUUACGGAGGUCUGGGACCUAGCGGAACGAAGGACAAAAACAUAUAACAAGAGCCUAUUGUUCGUUUCCAGACUAGCUAUUUCUUAUGACUAUGGU